AUGGAGUGUGUUAGCGCACGUAUACCAUACACAACAUGGCGCCUUCGCGCUUUUCGCCAACUGCUAGCGACUUCACAUUCCCGGGUUCCUCGGACAGUCCGUCGAAGCAUCUCGACGUCACGAUCAACCGACCAACUUGACGAAGUUCCUUUGGAAACAACCACACAGAACUCAGACUCGAAACCAGUACCUCCAUCGCAGCGUCUUCCACAGUCUCCUCUGCUCACAAAUCCACGCCGAGGGGCGGAAAAGACUCGCAAGCGACGCCCCACGACACAGGAGGAAGCCGACUUGCUCAAGAACCCAUGGGCAGUCAUGCUGGCCUCGCCGGCCCGUAUGUGCUCUGUAUCCGGUGCAAGGCUUCCCUCCGAUUUGAUGGGAACUUGGGGUCUUGUCAGGCAACCGGAUGCAGACAAACUGUACAUGAUGCCUGUUGGUUUGAUGCAAGACUCGUUGCAAAACAAGGAAUCUCAAAGUCCCGCUUCUUCCCCGGAGCCAGCGCUUCCAGACCAAGUCAAAGCUUCCAAGUCUGAAGCUUCUGGUUCGGAUGAAGAUCCUUUCAGCACACCCGUGAUCCGAACACCGAAAGAUAAGCAGACCGGACGCCAUCUUGUGCUUCGCAUUGCCGAGCUCCUUCCUGUUCUUCAAUCUAUCACACCACCCCUGUCGAAAAACCGCGGUAAGAGACAUUCGAUCAUGCGGCUGUUGCCAUUCCGAUGGAAGCACCCGAUCGGCCCUAUUUCGGCACACGAAGAGCAGAAACUUGUCUGGUCGCAGAAUACCCCGGAUAUUGUAUUGCACAGCAUGAGAAAUUAUGUAUCCAAGAAGCUGGUCGCGGUUCUCCGGAAAUACAAGCGUAUCGGCACCGCUAAUGGGGUCUGGAGGGCCCUGGAUCUGCUGGUGUAUUCAGAUGCUGCGCUGAUAGAGGCGCUUGGAAGCCUGGAGCCACUUGAUCGUAUGGAAUGCGGUGCAGUCUUGCUACUUGGCUCAAAAGAUGUGACGACCGCUGGAGAUGCGUCAGGAAAGAAUGGCGCUUUGGACUCGGUGUCUCUCUCGCAGACUGGGUCGAAGGUCCCUGUGUUUGAUUUGUCAGUGCUGUUUGCCGAGUCCGAUAUGAAGAAACUCCGUGAAUCUCACGAGCAGUUCCAACACACUGCACUGUUCUUUAGACCGGAGGAAAAAAUUGGUAUUGAUGCCAUGGUUGCCCUCUGGAAAAUCAAACGGCUGCUUAGCAAUGUCGACUUGCCAGAGAAAUGA